AUGACCAUCAUGCUGCCCAAUGGCCUUGUGAGAAUGCCUGUUGAGCCAGAUGGUUGGGUGACCGUCCACGCCCGCCACAUCAACGGGCCGACAUUCCUGUCAGAAGCGCAAAACGAGGGGCCUGUGCCAAGAGGCCCUGGCAGAGGUGCUGUCGUUCGAGACGGCGGAAACCAGACGAUGCCGCCACCCCCGCCGCCAACCCGAGAGAAAGCACAGGCGCCAGACUACCUUCGAUACUUGUACCAGAAAGAGGAUCUGCUGCGCUACCGGAGCCUUGUCCAGGAGGUUCCGGAAGAGAUCCGGAGCUUCCGCGCCAUCGUGGUGCCCAACUUCGGUGGCAAGGCUGGGCGCGAGCGGAAGACGCGUGACCGUGAGAACCGGGAGUCCCAGCAAGAGGACGAUGACGAAGGCCGCCCCAGCCGAGCCCCGCCUCCGCCGCCUCGGGAGCGUGAGCAGCGUGAAGUCCCCAGUGCGCCCCCGGUGCGAGCAGCAACGAAGGAGCCUCCGGAGGAGAAGAAAACCGGAGAGGCCAAAGUCGUUCUCUUCGGAGUUGGAAUGCUCUUGAAAAGCAGUGUGGAAUCUCAGAAAAGGUGCCACGAGGGGCAGAGCGCAAGGGGGAGUGCCCCACGCAGUGAGGUCAACUCGAGUCCGGUGAAGGCGGAGGAGACCAGAGAUGAUUUGGGAACCGUUGCUGGCCCUAUUUCAACUCUUCAGGGCCUUGCAGACCGCUUAGGCAGUGUUUGUCUCGACGUACAGAGCAGUGUGUUUCGUUCUCUGCAGGUCUCGCAUGCCCGAAGCGAUUUUCAUGUAUAG